UCCCAGGAUAUGUCACUACCUUCUUAAGGAAGGGUAAGCUGACAUCUUCCCUGUCAUUUUUUUUUUGUUGGCAGCAAAUUUCUUUUUGUCAAUGGAAGCUAUUGGCAAUUGAAAAGGUAGUGAAGAAUGGUCUUAUAAGAGACUAGCUUUGCUCGGCCACGCAUUGCUGUGGCUUAUAGGAAUCAUUUGUUGGCCAGGUGGAAUAGCACUGAAUAGCUUUGCAGCCUCAAAGCUUGGCCGUUUUCUUCUUAUGGGAAUCCUUGUUUGGUGAGCUGGAAUACAAUGAAUAGUCUCGGUGCAGCAGGUAUAAAUGGUGCAAUUAGUCACCUUGAUUAUCAUGUAAUAGCCUUGCAGCUUCAAAGCCUGGCUGCUUGCUCCCUGGGGGAAUUCUUUGUUGGGAGGUGUUAGCUGACCCUGAUUGUAUCCUGUCAGGAAUUCUCCUGUUUUCAGAGUGUUGUUCUUUAUGUACUGUCCUGUUUUUUUUUUAAUGGUGGGAGUCAAGUUUGGUGCAUAUAUUUGUGUCUAUUUUAUCUGUAAUUACGUGGCAUUACAGGUACCUGCAAACUUGGGUCCUCUUGGUGCUUUGGACAUCAACUCCCACAAUUCCGGCCGUUAUGAAUUGUGGGAGUUGAAGUCCGAAACACCAAGAGGGCCUAAGUUUGCCCAUGGCUGGUCUAUAUUAUGUUAUGUGAGACGGUAGGGACUUGCGCCAUCUUGUUGGGCCCUCCGGGUCUUUUGGACUUCAACUCCCACAAUUCCUAACAGCAGGUAGGCAGUUUGGGAUUGUGGGAGUUGAAGUCCAAAACUGGAAUGGAGCAUCAGGGAGGGUUUUGUAAAUAUAAUGCAAUGCAAUGUUGGUUGGACAGGUUGAAUAGCAAGAAUGAAUGUUGUAAUUAGACACCUUGAGAUUAGCAUGUAAUGGCCUUGAAGCUUCAAAGCCUGCCUGCUUCCUGCCUGGGGGAAUAUUUUGUUGGGAGGUGUUAGCUGGCCCUGGUUGUUUCCUGCCUGGAAUUUCCAUGUUUUCAGAGUGUUGUUCUGUAUUCACUGUCCUGGUUUUAGAGUCUUUUAAUGGCGGGAGCAAGGUUUUGUGCAUAUAUUUGUGUAUAUUUUAUCUGCAAUUGCCAGGCAUGGGCUAACUUGGGCCCUCUAGGUGUUUUGAACUUCAACUUCCACAAUUCUGGCUGUUAGGAAUUGUGGGAGUUGAAGUCCAAAACACCAAGAGGGCCUAAGUUUGCCCAUGCCUGGUAUAUAUUAUAAUGUUAUAUGACAUGGUAGGGGCUUCCGACAUCUUGUUGGGUGCACUAGGUGUUUUGGACUUAGUCUGUUAGGGAUUAUGGGAGUUGAAGUCCCAAACUCCUAGAGGGCCCAAGUUUAUGUGAGGGAUUUUUGUGGCCAUUUCUGAAGGCAGGGUCUGUCUUUGCCUGCCACCUUCAUUUUGAAGUCUCUCCAACCCGCCUUUUGCCUGCUGGCUUCUGUGGGCGGAGACAUCAAGGGAAGGGAAGCAAGGGCUUUCAGAGCGGCAGGCCAGUGAGCGAGGGAGAGGAUUGGAAAGGAGGAAGGAGAAAGGAGUAUGGGGAAGGAGGAAGAGUGCGGGGCGUUGUGUGAGGAGAGACUUCAGCAUGCAAACCUUCAUCUGUUCGGCUUGCACCGUCAUUUUCAUUCCAUGCUGCUGGCCUUCAGAUGGCUGGACAGAUGUCCCAUUCACAUCAGCAAUACAGCGAUCGUCGGCCACAGAACAUAAAUGACCAACAAGUUUCUGCCUUAUCAUAUGCUGACCAGAUUCAACAGCCUCUUACCAAUCAGAGGCGAAUGCCCCAAACUUUCCGUGAUCCAGCAACUGCCCCUCUGAGAAAACUAUCAGUAGAUUUGAUCAAAACAUACAAACAUAUUAAUGAGGUUUACUAUGCAAAAAAGAAACGGCGGCAUCAACAGGGCCAAGGAGAUGAUUCUAGUCACAAAAAGGAGCGGAAGGUUUACAAUGAUGGCUAUGAUGAUGAUAACUAUGAUUACAUUGUGAAAAAUGGGGAAAAGUGGAUGGAUCGUUAUGAAAUUGACUCUCUAAUAGGCAAAGGUUCAUUUGGACAGGUUGUGAAGGCAUAUGAUCGUGUGGAACAGGAGUGGGUGGCUAUUAAAAUUAUAAAGAACAAGAAGGCUUUCCUAAAUCAAGCCCAGAUUGAAGUGCGACUUCUUGAGCUUAUGAACAAACAUGAUACAGAAAUGAAAUAUUACAUAGUACAUUUAAAACGUCAUUUUAUGUUCCGAAAUCAUCUCUGUUUAGUUUUUGAAAUGCUCUCCUACAACCUUUAUGACUUGUUGAGGAACACAAACUUCAGAGGGGUGUCACUGAACUUGACGCGAAAGUUUGCACAACAAAUGUGCACAGCACUGCUUUUUCUUGCAACUCCUGAACUUAGCAUCAUUCACUGUGACCUAAAACCUGAGAAUAUCUUGCUCUGUAAUCCCAAACGAAGCGCUAUCAAGAUAGUUGAUUUUGGCAGUUCUUGUCAACUUGGACAGAGGAUAUACCAGUAUAUCCAAAGUCGCUUUUAUCGAUCACCAGAGGUGCUAUUGGGAAUGCCUUAUGAUCUUGCAAUUGAUAUGUGGUCCCUUGGUUGUAUCUUAGUAGAAAUGCAUACUGGAGAACCCCUGUUCAGUGGAGCAAAUGAGGUGGAUCAGAUGAAUAAAAUAGUAGAGGUUUUGGGCAUAGCACCUGCUCACAUUCUUGACCAAGCACCCAAAGCAAGAAAGUUCUUUGAAAAGUUGCCAGAUGGCACUUGGAACUUAAAGAAGACCAAAGAUGGGAAAAGGGAGUAUAAGCCGCCUGGAACCCGGAAACUUCAUAAUAUACUUGGAGUUGAAACAGGAGGACCAGGGGGGCGUCGUGCUGGGGAAUCAGGUCAUACUGUAGCUGACUACUUGAAGUUUAAAGACCUCAUCUUAAGGAUGCUUGAUUAUGAUCCGAAAACCCGUAUUCAACCUUAUUAUGCCCUGCAGCACAGUUUCUUUAAGAAAACAGCAGAUGAAGGUACAAAUACAAGUAACAGUGUAUCUACCAGUCCUGCUAUGGAGCAAUCACAGUCUUCAGGAACCACUUCUAGCACAUCUUCAAGCUCAGGUGGCUCCUCUGGGACAAGUAACAGUGGAAGGGCACGGUCAGAUCCAACGCAUCAGCAUCGGCAUAGUGGUGGACAUUUCACUGCUGCUGUACAAGCUAUGGAUUGUGAAACCCAUAGUCCACAGGUUCGGCAGCAGUUUCCUCCUCUUGGUUGGACAGGCACUGAAGCUCCUACACAAGUCACUGUUGAAACCCAUCCAGUUCAAGAAACCUCUUUCCAUGUACCCCCUCCGCAACAGAAUGCAUUACAUCAUCAUCAUGGAAACACUUCCCACCACCACCACCAUCACCAUCACCAUCACCAUGGACAACAAGCCUUGGGUAGCCGGACCAGGCCAAGGGUCUACAAUUCUCCAACAAACAGCUCAUCCACCCAGGAUUCUAUGGAGGUGGUUCAUAGUCACCACUCCAUGACCUCCCUGUCUUCCUCAACUACUUCUUCCUCUACAUCUUCCUCUUCAACUGGUAAUCAAGGCAAUCAAGCCUAUCAGAACCGCCCAGUGGCUGCUAAUACAUUGGACUUUGGACAGAAUGGAGCAAUGGACGUCAAUUUAACAGUCUACUCUAAUCCACGCCAAGAAACUGGCAUAGCAGGACAUCCAACAUACCAAUUUUCUGCUAAUACAGGUCCUGCUCAUUACAUGACUGAAGGACACCUUGCGAUGAGGCAGGGAAUCGAUAGGGAAGAGUCUCCCAUGACAGGAGUUUGUGUUCAGCAAAGUCCUGUGGCUAGCUCGUGACUAAACUGAAACAAGUUUGUUUCUUGUGUGUUUUUAUAGAAGUGGUGUUUUUCCAAAAAAAGUGCAAAGCUGCUUGAAUCAGAAGGAGAUAGACUUACUGAACCGCUACAGGAGGGCAAAGCUGACUAUUUUUUUAAACUUGAACAGAUUGCAAAGGGACAGUGCAGUUUUUAGAGCCAUGUCCAUACCUAUCCUAGAUAGCUUUGAGGUGAUAUUUCACCUUGCCCCUGUUUUAUUCCCACAACCAAGUCAUUGUUUCUUUUUCUCAUUCAACAGGGGUAAAUGUACAAAUAUUGGUUUCAGUUGCAAGCAGUUUUUAAAAGCACUGCCCAGAAAUCAUAUAAAUGGGCUUUUUGAGAGGUUUUUUUUUUUAAAUCUAAAAUGAUUGGGGGCGGAGAUUAAUGAGUUUUAAUUUCCCAACAUAUGUGAGCGCAAAAAGGCAAGUACUGUAAGGAAGAGAGACCUUCAGAUUACAAAAUAUUAUCUUCAGCUAUAAAAAGGGACGGUUGUAAUGGUGUUCAUGAGGCACAUUGAGCAUGCUAAGUGGCGGUAAUCAGGACUCUCCUUAUCUGAACCUAUGGAGAAUCAGAGCAGCAAUUAAAAUAGGAUUCUGUGUCUCUCAUCCUUGAGACCACAAUCAUCUAGUGUUGGAGUAUGGCUGGUCUUGUAACUAAGGUGCACUGAGAAGCAAUCAAUAGGUUUGUCUUGGCCAGUCCAGGGGAAGUCUUAAAUGGUGGUCUUUGGGGAUAACCUUUGGCCUUAUGGAUUUGGACUCUAAAUUAGAAGAGCCUGCCAUUUCAGAUGCAAUCACUUUUGGACAUGCUUUUCAGACAGUCCUUAAUGCUGAAAACACAGAGAAUGGGUAAUUCAAGAGGCCUUUCUUUUAAAAUAGACUUUUGUGACCCACUUAUUGUAAGGUAUUGCAAGGUCACUUUGCGUGUGUCAUAAAAUUGACUUCCUUAUUGGUUGAAGGUCACAGGAGUAGUGGUUUGCUUUUGAUGGAAAUAGCUACAACUGUGUCCCUCCCCGCUUUUACUUUUUCCUCUUUGUUUUCUUUUUUCUUUCUUUUUUGCUUUUUCUGGGCACGUGGUUUCUCCACCAUUACUUCUGCACAAAGAUGUCUUCUGUUCAUCCUGAACAUUUUUAAAAAUGCAGAAUUUUAUGUGACUGCUUUUUUGCCUCACAAUUAUGCUGUGAAUUUUACAAAAAUUUAUUUUCUUUUUGAUAAUUUAUUGUACCAAAGCUGUUUUUAUAGCACAUAGAUGUCUGUAACCAAUAAUGUAGCAGUUCUGCACUUUGACACAAGGUGUAACUAGACCAUUUUUAAAUGUCAGUUGAAAAUUAUGGCUGUACUAUUGCUUAAACAAAACUGGAACUGUUGUUGAAUUCAUAGCCAAUACAUUUACAACAAUCUGUGUACUGAACAUCAUAGAUUUGACAUUGAAUUCAAGACUAUAAUAACAUCUAUUACAUUAUAAAUGUGUUCAGGCUUCUGAAAGUAAAAGGGACAUUAGAUCCAGAAGCUAUGAAACCAGCAGUUGAUUCUUGUAUUCCUUAUUAGCAUAAAUGUAAACUUGAAGGCAAGACCUUGAUUGCAUGAACAGGUCCAAAACACUAGUUAUGAGUAAAGCAAAAAGCUCACGUGAGACCUAAGGUUUAACAGGCUGUACUUAACAGGUGCCUAAUUUUUGGGUUCUGCUGCCUUAAUAUAACACAGUCAGCUUGGCAGUUGCUACAUUUCUGGACCCAAAUAAAGAUUUUAAAUUAUGGAGAAAAGCAGUGAUUUAAACUGAGGAAGUGGGGUAAAGAAGUGAUUAUCUUUCCCAGGUUAACACUGUUUGCCCUUUAAGUGAACAGAAGCAGUAAUCUACCUCUGCCAGUAAACCGGUUCAAAAAGGUCAUGCAGCAGUAAACCAUGUACUUCAUAUUGGUCAGUUCCAUAUGGCCAUCUAGGCCAGUUCUUCUGACCAAAAGGUGUUUUAUUUUAUUUUAUUUUAAACCAAUCCUCGCAAUGGCAGCAGAGAGGCUAAAUACAGUGCAAAUGUGAAAGAAUGCUUUGGAUAUUACCUGUUUUUGUAAAUCAGCAAUGUUUUUAUCAAGGGAUCCAUAUUUCUUCUGUACUGAAAUGUCAAGCCUGUGAAUUAAAAUAUUUUUGAACUUGGUAGUUCAAAAACGUUUGAGUGAGAGGCUGUCAUCUUAGGAAUGAAACACUGAGCUUAGCAAUACAAAAAAGAGUCCAGUACAUACUGCUAGGAAUAUAAGGGUAACAAAUAUGGGUAAUUUUUUUCUGUGCUGGUUGCCACACCUUAGCAAGCACCAAAAAUUAAUACUGUUUUAAACCUACAUAAUGAAAAACCAUAAACUCCAAUGCUUCUGCAUACUGUGUUAUGUUACAGUCCAGUUUUGUGUGCUUUACUACACAGUUUGGUUACAGGACUUCUGUGCAUUGUAAACAUAAACAGCAUGGAAAAGGUUAAAUACCUGUGUUCAGAUUGUAAGAUCUAGUCCGGACUUGCUGUGUAUAUUGUAACGUUAAAUGAAAAGACAAGCCCUUUGUAUUAUAGUCAUGCAGUCUUAUGUAUGAUAAACAGUUGAAUAAUU